UUCUUUUUCCUUUUCGUGCGGCCGUGUCACCGCGUGGUUCACUGCCGCGUUUCCGUAAGAAACAAUCAAAAUGGCUAUCAGACCAGUAUAUAGGCCUAAAAUCGUUAAAAAGAGGACGAAAAGAUUUAUCCGCCAUCAAUCGGAUCGUUAUGAUAAACUUAAGCGAAACUGGCGUAAACCGAGAGGUAUUGACAACAGAGUGCGCAGGCGUUUCAAGGGACAGUACCUGAUGCCCAGCAUCGGUUACGGAUCAAACAAGAAGACCCGUCACAUGCUACCUAAUGGUUUCCGUAAGGUCCUGGUACACAACGUCCGCGAGUUAGAGAUUCUAAUGAUGCAAAAUCGCAAGUACUGCGCAGAGAUAGCGCACGGCGUGUCCUCCAAGAAGCGGAAGACUAUUGUGGAGCGCGCGCAGCAGCUCAGCAUCAGGGUCACCAACGCUGCGGCCAGGCUCCGCAGCCAGGAGAACGAAUAAGCAUAAAAAUAUAUUGUAAAAAAAAU